AUGCUGCUUCGUUGGGGUUUCGUGCUGUAUGCACUUCUCGGUUGCUUACUUUUCAACUUGGUCUACUCCUCUGCUGUUGAGGAGGCAGUGGCCGAGCCACAAGUGGCGCUUGACGAAUCUAAAGUAUUCGUACAGCCGUCGCAGGAUGUUGUGCUCCUUAGUCCGCAUUACGGGCUUGAAGUGCCAGGGACGAAGGGAGUAAUGCGCGUUAUCCUAGGACUAUGCCUCAUGUUGGGGAAGGGUUCAAGAAUAUGCAGAGAAGAAUCCUGA